AUGAUUCGUCGCAUCAUAGAAGAUGUUUCUGGGGGAUCGUGGGGUGUGCUCAUCAUCAGAAAUCCCGAACUGGUUUCAUACCAAGUUCACUGGACGAUUCCUGAGCACAACAAUGUUGAUGGUUCUCCUGGAUUUUGUCUUUCCGUCAUAAAGGGAUGGCAGUACAACGUUUUCAAGACAGGCUCAAAGGAUUAUGAGGAUAGAGUAACGGUUAACAGCCUUAUAGAAAGACUAAGACUGGAUACUGACAAACCGAAGCCAAGACGUAUGACUGUGAAACAAUUCGAUCAAUUGCUUGCCAGAGCACUUCAGAUCGGUGGAGUUCAAUGA